GCGCUUUACGCCAACUCCCGCGGCCGUGUAAAGGCCUACGGGAAGCUCUCUCUUGAGUUCAACACAUCAAGGGGUGUCCGACAUGGUUGUCCUCUUUCACCUUUCCCCUCGAACUUCGUCUUUGAUGCGACCACGGAAGACUCACCACCGGCCUCUAAUGCCUGUGGGGUCGAAAUGCUCCCUGGGUCCCUGCUCACAGACAUCGAGUGCGCAGACGACAUAGCUCUUCUGGGAUCUGACUCCGUGAUAAUGCAAACAAUAUUAAAUAAGCUAAAUAAUUCUGACUCGCGGUUCGGCUUGUGCUUCACACCUGCAAAGAUUAAAGUGCUACUGCGAGAUUGGAUGGGCUCGAACCCUAGGCUCAUGCUUGUGAAUGAACCGAUUGAGAUAGUAGACAAAUUUAUCUGCCUGGGCAUCUGUAUCAGUCCUGGUGGUCUCACGAAAGAUGAAAUUUCCAUCCGGAUUGGGAAGGCCAGAGCAGCUUUUGCGAACCUACGUCACCUGUGGCGUAGGCGUGACAUCAGCUUCUCUGUCAAGGGUCGGGUUUACAAUGAAGAAAAGCGAUCCACAAUGGAUUGUGGUUCGCGUCCAAAUUGCUCGACGGAAUCGAAUCAUAUUCCUCAUAAGUUCCUGUACAGACUUAGCGGGGUCGCUUAUCUCACCAUAGGAGUAGUUAGAAGUCCACCUACGAAUGCCCUACUAUUUGUACUAACCUUGCUGGUUAGAAAAUCUAGACUUACUCCUCACAAGCCAUUCUACUUUCUCCCUGUUUCUGCGUUAGACAACCAGAAUGACGCCAGGCUGUUGCUUCCAUGCUACGCUCGGGUCAAUAGACUCCGUGCAGAUUUGGAAUCAGUCCUGAAGGAACUCCAAUCGGAACAGUAUGCAGAGCUACAGGCCCCCGGAAUAAGGACAAGGAAGAUGCUGCGUAAGCUGGAAGACAAUCAAUUCUAUGUAGAUUACCACCUUUCCCACAGUUUGCUUAUAUUUGCUCACGGAAGCCUAUUGUACAAACUCCCGGCUGUUACCUCUCGGAAGCUUAUAAUUCAGGACAAGGCAAGCUGCAUUGUCCCUGAGGUCUUGCGACCCAAUCCAAACGCGGAUGUUUUGGAUGCUUGCGCUGCUCCGGGAAACAAAACGCUCCAGCUUAUCGAAAUGAUGACUCCACAAGCUACCGUCUUUGCUAUCGACAGAGACCCAACCAGAUUCCGAACUCUGUGUAACAAUCUACAUAGCUCUGGUGUACAGCGGUUAUCUAUCUCUGGUUCACUCAUAGUGGAUAAUCUGCCGGAUCCAGAAACUGCCAGGACAACGAAACUUCCAUGCAGCCAACCACGAGUCGAAGCGAUCUGUCAAGACUUUUUGAGUUUGGAUCCUAUGGAUUUGAAGUUCAGUCGUGUUGAGUCCAUCCUCCUGGAUCCCUCCUGUUCCGGCUCUGGUUUGGUCGCUCGUCAACCAGAGGGAACUGGUCCAGUGCUUUCCUCGGGCUACUCAAACAUGGGUGAGGAUGAUAUGAAGGGCGAGGAUAUUUCCAGGCGUCUUGAGAGACUGUCGAAUCUACAGGCACAACUGCUGAGACAUGCGCUGAGUUUUCAAAACGUCCGACGUGUUGUUUAUUCGACUUGUUCCGUACGUUCGGAGGAGCAGGACGAAGUAUCCACGGAUGUUACCAUGUCUGAAACUACUGGGAUUGAGGAAGGUCCCGAUAACUCUUCCUCCUCGAGACGUCAAAUCAAACGGUUAGAAAGUUACAUCCGACGGAAAGAGACGAGACGGGAAUUACGCAAAGCCUACAAGAACCGACGAAAAGCUAAACGAGCUCUGUCGGAUUAUUUACAAACCGAGAAACCGAAUUCAGAAGGUUCUUCAGAUGUCCCGCGGUCCCGGAAGGCACUGUCACACGCUCCGCGGAUGUCAGAAUCACCCUGUUCAACGAAAAUAGUGAUUGAUUGCGCUCAUGAUCACCUGAUGUCAUUCAAGGACAUUUGCAAAUUGGCCAAUCAGAUUACAAAUUGCUAUGCUUUCAACCGUCGACUGGUCACCCCUGUCCAAUUAUAUGUUACUGGCCUGAAAGCAGACAGUCAAGUUGCGGACCCACCCACAGUACGGCUACGUGACAGACUUGCGUUGGCUGGGUCCGAACACUGGGAUAUUCAUUUGUGUGAUGAAGAUUAUUGGGAAAUGUUUGAUGCGCAGUCCAUUGUCUACCUGUGCGCCGAAUCCCCCGUGCUCCUGCCUGACCAGUUUCUCAGUACGCCACCUCCCACCAACAUGGAAGAGUUAGCCAGACCAAUAUCUUCCGAGGAUGUCUUUGUCAUUGGAGGUUUGGUGGAUCACAACCAUUUUCUGGGACACUGCUAUGAGGGAGCGGUCAAGCGAGGCUACCGAACUGCCCGUCUUCCCAUCGCUGAAUCCGGAAUGGUUUUGAACGGACGUAAAGUGUUGAGCACACUUCAGGUAUUUGAAGCCCUCGCACCGGUCGUGGCUGGUUCAAUGACCUGGUCCGAAAGCCUAAACGCCGCUAUACCUCCACGAAAGAAGUUGCGUUCUCCGGACUGAUGAGAUUUUUCUACUUGCUUAUCUUUCCCAUCCUUAUUACGGACCUGUAUUGUACAGAUAAUAAGAUACACCGUUAUUGUUAACCCUGA